AUGGGACUUGCCGCAAGGAAUGCCAUGGAAGCAGGUUCUAAUGGAGUAGAAAUCCAUGGAGCACAUGGCUACCUAAUUGAGCUGUUCACAGAAGAUCAAGUAAAUGACCGAACAAAUCAAUACGGUGGAUCUCUAAAGAAUCAUAGUCGAUUUGCUUUGGAAAUAGUUGAAUCUAUAAGCAACGAGAUAGGAGCAGAUAAAGUUGGAACAAGGCUAUCUCUGUAUGCAACCUCUAUAGAAGCAUGA